UGCCACCUAUUGGUCGUUUGUGAGCAUCGCAAAGCCCAGUCCGGUUCUUCGGUCUCACGAGAUCGUCGCGGUCAUGAGGAGCGAAACAGGAAGUGGACCAUGUCGUCGGUGUUCGGCGGCGUUGAAGGUGGGGGGACCCAUUCCAAGGCGGUCCUGGUGGCAGAAGAUGGAAGAAUCCUUGCAGAGACUGAGGGGCCCUCCACCAACCACUGGUUGGUGGGGGUGGACAAUUGUAUCAAAACCAUCAACGACAUGAUCCGGAGAGCCAAGGUGGCGGCAGGACUGGAUCCAAACAUUCGGCUGCGCUCGCUGGGCAUGUCUCUGAGUGGGGGCGAGCAAAAGGAUGCCAUCGACAAACUGAUUGCUCACAUGAAAGGCCUGUAUCCUACCCUUAGCCAAGAUUAUUUCAUCACGACCGAUGCCAUCGGUGCCAUGGCCACUGCUAGUGACCGCGGUGGCGUCGUCUUGAUCUCAGGGACCGGCUCCAACUGCAAAUUAGUGAAUCCAGACGGGUCCCAGGUUGGCUGUGGGGGUUGGGGUCACAUGAUGGGUGACGAAGGAUCUGCGUUCUGGAUUGCACAUUUAGCAGUCAAGACCGUUUUUGAUGCCAGGGACAAGUUGGCCACGUCUCCUCAUGACGUGACACAUGUGAGAAAAGCCAUGGAGGAGUAUUUUGCGGUGUCUGACCUGAUGGGCAUGCUGCCGCACCUCUACAGAAACUUUCAGAAGUCCCACUUUGCCGGUUUCUGUCAGAAGCUGGCUGAAGGCGCAGAAGCUGGAGAUGCUCUGUGUCAAUAUGUGUUCUCGCAAGCUGGGAGAGUCCUAGCCGAACACGUACGAGCCGUCCUACCUGCAGCACAGGAGCCUUUACUCAACGGUGACCUCGGCCUGCCCAUCCUGUGCGUGGGCUCCGUGUGGAAGAGCUGGAAGCUUCUGAAAGCGAGCUUCAUUGAGGUCCUGGACGAGGCGGCGUCAUCUGAGGAGUUCAGGGCCCGUUUCCACGGCUACAGCCUUCUGGUGUUGAAACAGUCCUCGGCACUCGGAGGCGCAAGUCUCGGCGCGCGGAGUUUGGGCACACUUUUAAAGAUGGACUACGCAGCCAACGUCGACGUCUUCUAUCGUCACUCCUGCAAAAGCAAGCAGUGAGCGUGCAAUGUCGUCCAUGUUGGCAGUAAGAGCGUAUUUUCAUCUCCGACGUUCAUAGAAUAUCGCGAUGUCAGUGAGUCCACAAGUGGGACUCAUUUAACAUAAAUCCACUCGUUGACUUCCUACAAAUUAAAAUCCCUUUUGUGUCGUCAGUGAUUCGGCAAUGGUGCUAUUUCUGUAAGCCGCUCAGCUGUGCGCAUGCAUACAAAAGCAUGUGUGUGUAUACUAUUAAGAUUGAACAUCUAUUUUUUUAAGGGUAAAUUCCAAUAAAACAUCCAUUCUGGGUUCUGGUCAUGUGUUAGUUUAAAAAAGAAAAAAACUCCAAACACAUUUGCCUUUAAUAUCUUUAUUCAUUCUUUUUAUUGAAAUUAAUACUCUGUGUGUCUUUGGACCUCUUUACUUUUACGGCUUCUGUCAACUAACUUGAAACAAAAUCACCAAAAAAUGAUUUUAUGUUGCACAACCCACCUGGCAAACAUUCCUAUUCGCUUCACCGGGGUGCCACGCCACAUGAGGAAGUUCUGCUUUGACCCGAUGUUCAACUCAACUUGACCGUGUCACGAAAGUGAAAUCUUUCUACUUCUUAACAACAGUCAUGUUUAUUACACAGGAAAAAAAAUGAAAUUGAGAAAUUAACCUGAUUGAACUUUUUUUUUUGUUUUAACCCCUGCAACCUUUUCCUAUGACUUGCGACAAAUCGGGCUCACGAGAAGAACUUCCUCA